AUGGAGGACAACAGCUCAUGGGUUGAUGGUGAGGUGAGACAGAUCAAUGACAGGGUGAUUUCUGUGCAGCUCCUGGUCAUGAUGUUUCUUGGCAUCAACUUUUUACUCAUCCUAACCUUUUUCAAGAAGAAGUCCUUCUACACACUUGCACGCUACAUCUUAUUUGCUGUUACACUACUGUCUGAUAGCUUGAUAUUACUCAUAUCUAAUAUUCUGUUCCUCUUGGCCUAUUUUAAUUUUACCAUACAAGUGUGGUUAUGUAUCAGUAUUUCUAUGGUGCUGCUUCUGUAUUUAAUGGUCACACCAGUUACUCUGACAGCAAUGACCUUGGAGCGAUAUGUUGCCAUUUGCAUGCCUCUGCGCCAUGCAGAGCUGUGCUCCGAACGCAUCCAUGUGCAUUGCAUUCUCAUCAUUCAUGGCCUCAGCUCUUUACCCUGCAUUGCUGUUUUUUCCUCUUUCUUUGCAUCAGCCUCUCUGAGCUUGUACAAACAACACAAGAUAUGCACUCUGCAGAUGUACAUUUUGCACAGAUGGCAGGGUCAUAUCAGGUCAACUGUACAACAGUUUUACUUCUUCAUUAUGGUUAUCAUCAUUGUAUUCUGUUAUGUUAAAAUAAUGAAAGUGGCCAAAACGGCAUCUGGAGAUGAUAAAAAGUCAUCACAGAAAGGUCUCAGAACAGUAAUUCUUCAUGGUUUCCAGCUGCUGCUCUGUCUCAUCCAGCUAUGGACCCCUUUCAUAGAGAUCUAUGUAUACCAGAUUAAUGUAUUUUUUGAUGUAAGGUUCUUUAACUAUGUAUUGUUUUAUCUUACUCCAAAAUGUCUGAGUCCUCUGAUAUAUGGGCUCAGGGAUGAUAUAUUUUUUCAUGCACUGAAAAACUAUGCCUUCUUUGACUUAUAUAAAAAAUCUAUUUUUCAAGUUGCUGUAGGCCAGUGGUAG